AUGGCAAUUCUUAGUAAUACGAGUGGUCUUUCAUACGGAUCACAUACAUUAGUACAAGUAGAAUGUGAUGUCAAGUUGUCUAAAGGGUGUAGCGAUAUUUAUGAGAUUGCUUACAAGGAUACAUUGUUGGGUGCAGCAAAGAAUAAUGGAAAGAUUGUAUGUCAAGAUUGUGCUCACUCGUCCAAUAGUGCUGGUACAUCUAGUGACAAGCAGUAUUUGGAUGGUUUAUUGUCAACCAUUGAUACUGAAGCAAAGGCAUAUCUCCUUGGUUGGAUCGCUAACGAUUUUACGGUAGUUGACAGUGUCAAAGGAUUGAUCACUAUCAAGGGUGAUGAAUCCUCUAUCAACAAGUUAUUUGAUAUUGUCCGUGGUGCUGAUCGUCAAGGAGUGUCAAUGAUCACAAUCGAGUCAAGUGCAAUGGUUGCAGAUAUAUUGAAACAUUUGCAAAUUGAAAAUGGUACUAGGGCUGAUUCUAAACUUCCACAAUUUGGAUCAUCGUCAUCAUCGUUGACAUUGUCAUUUGUCCGUGGAUUCUUUGAUGCUGCUGGAGACGCAUCUAUCAAGCGUGUCAAGGGAGUUGCUCCACGUGCUGUUGUCACAUCGUCCUCACAUUCGAUGCUCAAGGCGAUUGGUCAAGCUGUCGACGUACCAUAUGCACUUGGUGACGACGCCAACUCAAUCGAGUGGAGUGGAUUAAACGCACUUGACUUUUUGGCCAAACUCUAUGACGGCAGCACAUACUACAAUUUGCGUAACUACAAUACAUACAUGGAUUUGUGUGUUUGGUGUCCAACCUCUGGAGGUGCACAGUCUGCUGGUCGUGACGACGACCCUACAUUUGUAAUCACUCGUACAUCAAAGGACGCAGUCAUCCCAUCAAAGUCACGUGCUAGUGAUAGUGGUUAUGACCUCACCAUCAUCAAGACUGUCAAGGCGUUUGGUCCAGUUACCACAUUGUACGACACUGGCAUCAAGGUACGUCCACCCAUUGGCUACUAUAUGGAUGUAGUUCCACGUUCGUCACUUAGCAAGAGUGGAUACAUGUUGGCCAAUAGUGUUGGUAUCAUUGAUCGUGCAUACACUGGUUCCAUUAUGAUUGCUUUGGUCAAGGUCGACCCUGCUGCACCAGAUAUCCAACUCCCAUUCUGUGGAUUCCAAAUGAUCCCAAGACCAAUCGUUCACUUCCAAGUCGUCGAAGUUACUGGUGACAUGUUUGAAGAUACCGGUCGUGGUGCUGGUGGUUUUGGUUCAACCGAAGAAAAGAUCUUGAAAAAACAAUGUCUUGAAAAUAAUAAUAAUACUGUUCCAGAUCUUAAAUCAACUACAACUAACAAAUAA